CUUGGUAUUUCCCCCUCUCUUCUUUUUUUAUUUUCUCUUCAUCAUAUCUUGGUAUUGCUGCUGUGCUGCUGUGCUGUUCAUCUUUGAUACAUUCUUUUUCCAGACCUAUUAUUAGCCACACCUGAGAAGCGUAAAUCUUGCAGAAUCACUGUAUUGCUGCCACUGUCUCGACCAACCCUCUUUCUGACGUCUUUGUUUCUUGCACAACUGCGCCCUCCGAAGAGUCAUAAGGGCGCGUCGUCAACAUGAUUCGGUUUAGAAGAUACCGGCUUUUUUUGGUCGGCGCUCUCAUCCUGCUUGCCCUCCUCUUUCGCGUGGCACAAAACUCACAAUGGGAGAUAGAGGCCGCCACCGCGGCUGUGUACGACAGUGUGCACAAAGGGACCAAGGAUUCGAGACCGACAUACGAUAACCAGCUGCCUAUUGCGCGCAAGCAAAAGGCACAGAACGCGCCCAAGUCUCAUGACGACCAGGGUGUGGAUGCUGCGCCGCGCCAGGAGAAUAUCGACAUCCCACAGCUCAAGGGCGAUCCGACCAGGCCCAAGAUCCCUGCCGCCACGCGACCGGCUGCUGACGGCGCCGAUAGUUCCAAGGACUCUGACGAACCUUCGACCACUUCCAAGCCUGUAGCCGUCAACAUACCCGAUAGGGACUCAGACCAGCGACCCCUCGCCCACGACAGGCUUCCGCCGGCAGAGAAGCAGGGCGGCAGCUCGGCCACUACCACAACAAGCAAAUUGCACUGGACGAAAAAGGCCCAGGAGUAUUACCCCGUCCCCGACGAUCAGGUCAUCCCGCUGCCCACUGGCAAGCCCAAGGCGAUUCCCAAGAUCCAGCACAAUUUCGACAAGGAAACGGCCGUCUCCAAGAAGAAGCGCGAGGCUCGCUUGGCGCAGGUCAAGAAGGAGACAAAGCACGCUUGGGAUAGCUACAAAAAGUACGCUUGGGGCCAUGAUGAGGUUCAACCCCUCUCCCUCAAACCCCGCGACCCCUUCUGUGGUUGGGCUGCCACCCUGGUUGACAGCUUGGAUACGCUGUGGAUAAUGGGCCUGAAGAAUGAGUUCGAGGACGCAUACAAGGCGCUGGACAAUAUCGACUUUACCACGACGGAACGCUACGAUAUUCCCGUGUUUGAGACCAUUAUUCGCUACAUGGGAGGCCUGCUGGCGGCCUACGACCUAAGCGGCGGCAAGGAAGGCAAGCACCCCAAGCUACUCACCAAGGCCGAGGAGCUAGCCGAGAUCCUGAUGAGCGUUUUCGACACGCCAAACAGAAUGCCGAUUCUUUACUACCGGUGGCAGCCCCAACACGCCGAAGAACGGCUGCGGGCCCCGAGCACGGCCAGCGUGGCCGAGCUCGGCUCCAUGUCAAUGGAAUUUACUCGCUUGGCUCAGUUAACAGGCAAAAAUCGGUACUACGACGCCAUCGCGCGCAUUACAGACGCAUUCGACGAGUGGCAGCAGCGUGGGACCGCCGUGGACGGAAUAUUCCCUGAGCAAAUCGAUGCCUCGGGAUGCAACCGCACUGUGGAACCCAUCACGUCCGGCGCUUCGGAUGAUGUCGACCUGCGGAAGCGGAGCGCCGACCGAUCUCGAGGCAGUCCGUCUCCAGAUGGUUGUCAUCCACAGGGCUUGGUCGAAAGCUCGUCAGGUUGGGGCAAGUACAGCAUGGGAGGCAGCCAAGACUCGACCUACGAGUACUUCCCCAAGCAGUACAUCCUUCUCGGCGGACUGGUGGAUCAGUACAAGAAACUACACCAGAAUGUCGUGGCCGCCAUCAAGAAGCACCUACUCUACCGCCCAAUGAUCAAGCAGGAGGACCGAGCUCUGCUGUUCUCUGCGGCCGUGAAUGCCCGGGGCUACGGCAAGGACAUGUCGCUCACGUAUCAGUACGAGGUCACGCACCUGACUUGCUUCCUGGGCGGCAUGUUCGCCAUGGGCGGCAAGAUCUUCCAAUCGGAGGAGGACGUGGCCAUUGGCGCGCAGCUCGCCGACGGCUGCGUCUGGGCUUACGAGUCGACUGGUUCGGGCAUCAUGCCCGAGAACUCACAUGUCGUGCCGUGCCAGAGCGUCGAGAGCUGCCCCUGGAACGAGACACAUUGGCACGAGCACCUGGAUCCGAACUCGGAGUGGCGCAACACCCAGAUGGCCGAGUACAAGGUCAAGAAGAAGGAGUGGGACCAGAUGGUUGCCGAAGCCGAGAAGAAGAACAAGGAUAAGGCCGACGCCGAAUGGGAGGCCAAGAAGGCCCGUGUUGCAGGGAAGAAACCAUCUACGCCAGGCUCAAAGACCGGCAAGUCAGACGUGGGCGGUGGAUCCAAGAUGCCGUCGCCGGGAUUCAGUGUUCUUGACGGGGCUGGGCCAGGCGCCAAGUCGGAUGCAAAGGGCUCUCUUCAUGAUACUGAGCGGGUCAUUUCAGCCAAGGACUCGAAAAUGUACAAUACCGGGUCAAGCGGUAGCGCCAAAAAUGGCGAAAUGGAAGGCUACAAGAGAAAGCGAUCAGUCGAUGACGCGGAACAGGGCAGCUGGAGUGCCAACAAGGCAAACACGCGCAGCUCCGCCGGGGCACAGGGGGUCAACCCCGCAAUGGCCGGCGCCGAGGACGCGGUCGGUGGCGUGAGAAGCACCAUCAGCUUGUCUGAGGCCAUGUCGCCCGAGUCGCCGAGCUACAACCCAGUCUGGGACGUGCCCCCAGAGCCGACCAAGCCGCAGAGUCACGAUGAGUUUGUAAAGGAGAAGAUUGAGGGCGAUAGGAUACCGCCUGGAUUUGUUGACAUUAUCGACAAGCGGUAUAUUCUUAGACCCGAAGCCAUCGAGUCGGUGUGGUAUAUGUACCGCAUAACGGGCGACCCCAUAUGGCAGGAAAAGGGCUGGCGGAUGUGGGAGGCUGUCGUGGCCGCCACGCGGACGCCCGAUGGCCACAGCGCCAUCGACGACGUGAGGGUCUCUUCGCCCGGCUGGACCGACAACAUGGAGAGCUUCUGGAUCGCCGAGACGCUCAAGUACUUCUACCUCCUCUACAGCACUCCCGACGUACUUAGCCUCGACGAAUGGGUCCUCAACACCGAGGCUCACCCCUUCCGGAGGCCGGAUGCCGCAUCAUGAGAUUUGGGGGGUUUCUUUUUAUCAGCGGAUUAGCUAUGUGGCGAGACGGAGAUAUAGAUGUGGUGAUAGAAAUCAAAGCAUUGCAUUAGGGUACCAACUUUUUUUUGCUAGUUGGAGAUUGGGGUUUGGCUUUACUCUGGCUGUUUCUAUAUUUGGGCUAUGCAUGCCCUCUUGGGGUUUUGGUGCAUCAUGGCGUUUCACUUUUUUUCAUUCUUUCUUUUUUUUUCGCUUUCGAUCUCGGGAAAGCAAAGGAGGGACAAACCCACCUCGAGCAUUCUUCCAUAUUUGUAUAUACAAAAAACCCACUUGGUGGUCGCCAGGAGGGUAAUCCUCAGUCCCCCCCCUCCCCCCUGGAUGUACAUGAAAC